AUGGACACGUACAAUCAUCGGUAUUUGCCAUCCGUGAUUCGCCAGUCUCUGUGCGAUGGAUUCGCAGGUGACCAACCAGACCAACGUGGUGACGUGGAGGUGCGAUCACUAUGGGGACAGGAUUGGGCCGAAUCCACAUUGCUGGCGUCGACAGUGGUCUGGUUGAUGCUCGUCGGUGUGUCGGGAGUAUGUCCAGUGGUGGUGGGUACAGGGGCCACAGCAGCAGACGGUGAGGCGAUGGAGGAAGAGGUGGUGAUGGUGGUGGAGGAGGUGGAGGAGGAGGAGGAAGAAGAGGAGAAGGAGGAGGGGGAGGAGGAGGAGGAGGAAGAUGGUAGUAGUAGUAGUAGUAGUAGUAGUAGUAGUAGUAGUAGUAGUAGUAGUAGUAGUAGUAGUAGUAGUAGUAGUAGUAGUAGUGGUAGGAGUAGUAGUAGUAGUAGUAGUAGUAGUAGUAGUAGUAGUAGUAGUAGUAGUAGUAGUAGUAGUAGUAGUAGUAGUAGUAGUAGUAGUAGUAGUAGUAGUAGUAGUAGUAGUAGUAGUAGUAGUAGUAGUAGUAGUAGUAGUAGUAGUAGUAGUAGUAUUAGUAGUGGGGAUUCAGGCGUGCUGUCAAUGUUGAUUGUCGGUGUGGGAAUUAGGCAGAGUUGGACGGGGAGACAGCAGCUGGUGUAGUCCGGGUGCCGCAGUUGGUACGAAGAUGUCCUACAAGGCCGAUUGGUGCCUGAAACGUCCGCUGGCAGCUUGGGCAGGUCGGAAUGGUUGAGUGUUGGCGUCGCGAGACGUGGUCAGUUGUGAUUCGUGGACCUCGCGUCUAGCUUUGGCGACGGUGAUGCGAUUGUCUUCGUAGAUUGCUGUGCCCGUCUUCAAUGCUCUCCUCCAAGUCGGUCGGUCUCGGACAAGGUCAUCCCAGUUGGCCGAGUUUAUCUGAAGACGCUUCAGACAAGUCUUAAGCGAGUCCCUGCAGCGCGGUAGCUGAACUUGUCGGCUGGAACCCAUGACGGCAUCUCCAUUCAGGAGUCCUUUGGGUAACCGUUCGUUCAUCCACAGUAGGUGGCCGCUCCAACGCAGUUGCAGUUGCCUCAGCACGGCGUAGACGCUGAGGAUUCCCGUCCGCUACAGUACAUCCGUGUACGGGAUCCAGUUCUGCCAUCUCAGCCUCACUAUCCUUCGAAGACAGCUGAGGUGGAAGUGACUGAGUGUUCGCGCCCGCUUCUUGUUCACCAUUUAGGUCUCCGCUCCAUACGGCAGCGUCGGCAGGAUGACUGCUCUGUACAGCUUCAGUUUGAUGUUGAGGUGGAGAUCCUAGCGAUUCCAGGCUGUGCUCUGCAGACGGCCGAAGGCUUGGCUGGCUUUGGAAAUCCGGCCGACCACUUCAUCGUCGACCUUGGUGUUGUUGGAGAGGGUGUUGCCCAGAUAGGCGAAAUUGUUCGCAGCUUGCAAUUGGGCGCUGUUCACGUUUAUUUGGAGUGCGACGUAGGCAACGUCGGGUGGCGGUUGAUGCAUGACCACUGUUUUCUCCGAGUUGACCAUCAGGCCGAAGUUGUCACAGGCGGCGGUGAAGAGGUCCAUGCACCUUUGCAUGUCCCCUUCGGAGGUGGCGUUGAGAGCACAGUCGUCGGCGAGCAGAAGUCCAUGGACGGAAGUUGUGGAUACACGCGACUGGAAGUGCAUCCGCCGUCGACUGAGAAGGUGGCCGUCCGUCCUAUAGACGACCCGGGUCCCGGGGCGUUGGUCGGUCCUUCAUUAAGAUGGCGAGAACAUGAGAGUGAAGAGGGUGGGCGCCAGGACUCAUCCCUGCUUCACUCCGCCAGUCACUGCGAAUGCCUCUAA